AUGAGUGAAAUCAGGCAUUUUGGUGGCCCUUUCAAAAAGAAAUUCAAGGAAUACGAGCAACCUUGGUACAUUUCGAAAUUCGAGAACGUCAAGAAUUGCCUCAUCGAACUAGAUGAUUCGUUUCUCUCUGAGAAAGAGCCCCAGGAGCAGAACCGGUACCUUGCCUACGUGACAGCUAUCUUAGAGCAGGCAUCAGAUGACCUUUUUGGGACCAAUGCACCGAAAGAGAACCACAAAUUGAUGCCCAAGUUACCAUCCAAGUUGUUUUCUGAUUUUCAGAUUGUUCCGCAAGGCGGCUUGUUGGCGAUUCUUUCAACUGCCUUCCGGUACAAGAAAGAGAAAGGAUGGAAUUGUGAUUCAUUUGAAGAUAUCUUCAUCAAUGACGAGGCCAAAGCGCAAGAACAUACUGCACUCUUUGUAAGAAUAGAGAGCUCGCUGCUGAAUGCUGGGAUUCUUCGUCGACCGAAAAUUCUUUUCUCGCUGUCCAUGCCGCGAGCACAACUUGCAGAGCUGAAUGAGAUUGUGUUGAGUCACAAGGGAGCAAUCGUUACACGUCGAGAACAGGCGACACACGAAGUGUUUCCAGACGAACAGCAGGACGAGGCCGACGCAGACUACUGCAGGACCAUUGACUCUCAAGAUCACAUGAGCAAAGUCCACUGGUGGUAUUUCCCCGACAGCUAUCAGGAGUGGAAGCCAUCUGUUGAGAUUCAAGGGGACCCUGAGCCCCCGAUACCCACUCCUCUGGUAUGGAAGAUAACAGCAAGGUUCUUGCGAGACCUGGACAAGUUCAACGAAUGGAUGAAUGAAGAAGACUAUAUCUUGACCAACGACGAGGAGGCCCAGGAGGACCCAAGUGCGACGAGUGAAGUAGGAUCCAAGAGGAAAAGAGACACGAAGGGCUCUAAGGCUUCCAAACGUGAAGAUAAGCAGCAGGAGAUUUCUCCAGAAGAGACUUCCCAAGUUGCUGCACCUUCGGCCGUUUUCAAGCCCGCCCCAAUGUCACUCGGAAAGUUGCAAACCGGUGCAACACGAGCACAGAUGAGUCUUGAGAGCUUUAUCGGGCAAUCAAGAAUGUACUCCAACUACACCAACAAGCCUGAGCCUAUACCUGCUAGAGAGCCUACAGGUGCUGUGGUGCUUGUGCCGAGCUACGCGUCAUGGUUCAAGAUGGAGCAGAUUCAUCCAAUCGAGAGAAAAGCUUUGCCAGAAUGGUUUGCAAGUCAAUCUGGCUCUAAGACACCCAAGAAUUACGUGGAGGCGAGGGACCUCAUUAUCAACUUGUACAGAGAAUGUCCGAGCAAAUACAUCACAGCAACGGAAUGCAGGCGCCAUUUGGCGAUAGACGUGUGUGCAGUGAUGCGUCUGCAUGCUUUCUUGGAGCAUUGGGGAUUGAUCAACUACAACAUCUCGCUGAAUGAUCGCCCGGUGGCCGUGGGCCCAAUGGAUACUUCCGGUCAUCCCAUCCUCGUUGCGAUGCCGGAUGGAUCACUGGUUCCGAAGGAGAAAAUGGAUUCUAGCUCUCAAGGCCUUCCGAAUGCUCCUGCUCCGCAGCUGGGAACCCAUGCCAACAUCUAUGCUACUCCUGCGAAAGAAGCUAAUCAGGGGGAGAAGCCACAGAUUCGCUGUGCGAUCACCGGCGAGGAAUGUACUCGUGAAAGAUUUCAUUGCAUCUCCAAACCAGACCUGGUCAUCUCGCCGAGCGCUUAUUUUUCUCAGAAAUUCCCCACCGGCCUCACCUCAGCGGAUUUCGUGCGCGUGACUGAGAGCCAAAAUGACGAGGAACUUUAUGCCAUGAGCGAUUGGACGGAGACUGAGACUCUGAGGCUUCUCGAGGGGAUCGAGCAGUUUGGUGAGGAUUGGAGGCAAGUCGCCAGCCAUGUGGAGACGAAGACAAAAGAGCAGUGUAUCUUGCACUUCCUGCGCCUUCCCAUUGAGGAUCGAUUCCUUGAGGAACAAGCGUCCAGUUCGGAUACAUCGAACGACAAGAAGAACAUCAGAGAGGCAAGUCAGGUCAUGGCGCAAGUAGCCUUCCUCUGCCAGAGCAUCAGCCCUGAGGUAGCGAACAACGCCACGGAGGCGGCGCUGCAGGUCCUGCUCAAGGCGGAGUCACCGCAGAUCCCUCCCGAUGCCCAUGCAUCGUCGAAUAGAGCAGAAGGAAGCAAGGAUUCAGCUGAACAGAGCGGAGACUUGCAUCAGCGAGCUGAAAAUAUCACGGCUCUAGCUGCAGCUUCUCUCAAAGCAAGGUCCAAGGCACUUACUGAAGAAAAGGAAAUCCAGCGAUUGGUCAGCGAAAUUCUAAAAAGGCAGCUUGAGAAACUGAAAUACAAGCUUGCCAACUUUGAGAAGCUGGAAGCUUUGCUGCAGUGUGAGCGAGAGACCCUACGGAAGCAGAAGGGGACGGGGAUGCAGUCAGCAUGAAGAUAACAUGUCACAAGAUAUCUAAUCCGUAGAUGUCAAAAAAGUCUACAUGAAACAUCAA